AUGACCAAAGGAUCAAACGGAAACAGUUUGCAAACUGGGUUCGAACAAACUUCUGAAAAGCUAAAUCGUGCUGAUGCCGACACCAAAGGUGGCAUCAAGCGAAAACGAAAGUUCUCACAAAAAGUAAUGGUGUGGUUAGCUGCCUGUUCCAAAGGUAUUACACCUUUGACUAUUGAAGUUGGCACGAACUGGCCAAUGUUAUGGACUGGAGCAAAGUCCAAUCAAAAGCAACACUGA